GGAUCCUUUGUUGGACUCAGUCUCACGCAUCUGUUCCGACACCCAUGCACCGGAAGGUAAGGGUGCCGCCAUUACCUCACCUCACGCUCCGCUGCGCCUCUUCCUCUUCAGCCGCUGCCUCCGUUUCCCCGCCGCCACCUAGACGCCUCCCUCCUCCCGUCCCACUCUGCGACCUCCUUGCUCACCGUCUCGGGCCUCCUCGCUCGCCGCUCUCACCUCCACCGCCUCGCCCUCACGCCGACCUCCUCCCCCUGCUCCGCCGCGGCGGCGACGCCAACUCUCCGGAAAACCUCCACGUCGAGCUCAUCAAGCGGGGCCUCAAUCAUGACCUCUUCUUAUGCAACCAUCUCGUCAACUCCUACGCCAAGGGCGCGCGCCUGGCUGCCGCGAGCCAGGUGUUCGACGAAAUGCCCGAGCGGAACGCCGUCUCCUGGACCUGCCUCGUCUCCGGGUACGUGCUGCAUGGAAUCGCCGAAGAGGCCUUCCGGGUGUUCCGCGCCAUGCUGAGGGAGGUGCAGGCUGGGUGCAGGCCCACGUCCUUCACCUUCGGGACCUUGCUCCGGGCGUGCCAGGAUGGGGGACCCGACCGUCUGGGCUUCGCAGUCCAGGUCCAUGGGUUGGUGUCGAAGACGGAGUAUGCGUCAAAUACUACUGUGUGCAAUGCCCUGAUCUCAAUGUAUGGUAGCUGCACUGUUGGCCCGCCGAUCCUAGCGCAGCGGGUGUUUGAUGGCACGCCGAUCAGGGACUUGAUCACAUGGAACGCAUUGAUGUCUGUUUAUGCUAAGAAAGGUGAUGUGGCUUCAACGUUCACACUGUUCAAGGAUAUGCAGCGAGGUGAUUCCAGGAUUCAGCUGCGUCCGACAGAGCAUACCUUUGGCAGUUUGAUCACUGCUGCAUCUCUGUCAUCAGGCAGCUCGGCUGUGCUUGACCAAGUAUUGGUGUGGGUGCUCAAAUCUGGCUGUUCUAGUGACCUCUAUGUGGGUAGUGCUCUGGUUAGCGCUUUUGCUAGACAUGGCUUGACUGAUGAAGCUAAGGACAUAUUUCUCAGUCUGAAACAGAAGAAUGCAGUUACCUUAAACGGUUUGAUAGUUGGGUUGGUCAGGCAAGACUUCAGUGAAGAAGCAGUGAAGAUUUUUGUGGGGACAAGGAAUACUGUUGAUGUUAACGCAGAUACAUAUGUUGUAUUGCUCAGUGCAUUAGCUGAGUAUUCUAUAUCUGAAGAAGGGCUGAGGAUAGGUAGGGUAGUCCACGGGCAUAUGCUUAGAACUGGACUUACUGAUCUAAAAAUCGCUGUUAGUAAUGGACUGGUUAAUAUGUAUGCCAAAUGUGGUGCCAUCGAGAGUGCCUCUAAAAUUUUUCAGUUAAUGGAAGCAACGGAUAGGAUUUCCUGGAACACCAUCAUCUCAGCUCUCGAUCAGAAUGGUAACUGUGAAGAAGCAGUUAUGCAUUACUCUCUUAUGAGACAAAGUUGCAUAAGCCCAUCAAAUUUUGCACUAAUCAGUUCCUUGAGUUCAUGUGCAGGUUUGAAACUUUUAACUGCUGGUCAGCAAGUGCAUUGUGAUGCUGUUAAGUGGGGUCUAGAUUUAGAUACUUCUGUUUCAAAUGUACUGGUUAAAAUGUAUGGGGAAUGUGGAGCUAUGUCAGAUUACUGGAAGGUUUUCAACUCUAUGGCUGAACACGAUGAAGUUUCUUGGAACACUAUGAUGGGUGUCAUGGCCAGUUCACAAACACCUAUUUCUGAAAUUGUCAAAGUUUUCAACAAUAUGAUGAGGGGUGGUUUGAUCCCAAAUAAAGUAACAUUUAUAAACUUACUUGCUGCUUUGUCUCCACUGUCCGUUCUUGAAUUGGGGAAGCAAGUUCAUGCUGCAGUGAUGAAGCAUGGAGUUAUGGAAGAUAAUGUGGUAGAUAAUGCCCUCAUAUCAUGCUAUGCAAAAUCAGGAGAUAUGGGUUCCUGUGAGCAUCUGUUUACUAACAUGUCUGACAGAAGGGAUGCCAUCUCGUGGAAUUCUAUGAUUUCAGGUUACAUCUACAAUGGCAAUCUACAGGAGGCUAUGGAUUGUGUAUGGCUUAUGAUACACAGUGGCCAAAUCAUGGAUUGUUGCACUUUCUCCAUUAUACUCAAUGCAUGUGCUUCUGUGGCAGCAUUGGAGCGUGGAAUGGAGUUGCAUGCUUUUGGUAUUAGGUCACACUUGGAAUCAGAUGUCGUGGUUGAGAGUGCUCUUGUUGAUAUGUACUCCAAGUGUGGUAGGGUGGAUUAUGCCUCUAAGCUUUUCAAUUCUAUGACUCAGAGAAAUGAAUUUUCAUGGAAUUCUAUGAUUUCUGGUUAUGCAAGACAUGGUCUUGGAAGGAAAGCCAUUGAGAUAUUUGAGGAAAUGCUGCGCAGCAGAGAGAGUCCAGACCAUGUCACUUUUGUCAGUGUCCUAUCUGCCUGCAGUCAUGCUGGAUUGGUGGAAAGAGGUUUAGAAUACUUCGAAAUGAUGCCGGAUCAUGGUAUACUACCACAGAUUGAACAUUAUUCUUGUGUCAUAGACCUUCUCGGUCGAGCUGGUAAGAUUGACAAGAUAAAGGAGUACAUUCAAAGAAUGCCAAUUGAACCUAACGCUCUCAUAUGGAGGACUGUUUUAGUUGCUUGUCGACAAUCAAAAGACGGGUCUAACAUUGAUCUGGGGAGAGAAGCUUCAAGGGUGCUUUUGGAAAUAGAGCCUCAAAAUCCUGUAAACUAUGUUCUGGCAUCUAACUUUCAUGCAGCUACAGGAAUGUGGGAAGAUACAGCCAAAGCCCGAACUGCAAUGAGGCAAGCGACAGAGAAAAAGGAGGCUGGUCGCAGUUGGGUAACCCUAAAUGAUGGAGUCCAUACUUUCAUCGCUGGUGAUAGAUCACAUCCAAACACCAAAGAAAUAUAUGAAAAACUGAAUUUUUUGAUACAGAAUAUAAGAAAUGCUGGUUAUGUUCCCCUGACAGAGUAUGCCUUGUAUGAUCUUGAAGAAGAAAACAAAGAAGAGCUGUUGAGCUAUCAUAGUGAGAAGCUAGCCAUUGCCUUUGUUCUGACUCGUUCCUCAAGUGGCCCAAUAAGAAUAAUGAAGAACCUUCGGGUUUGCGGAGAUUGUCACAUAGCAUUUCGAUACAUUUCUCAGAUGAUUAGCCGGCAAAUCAUUUUAAGGGAUUCUAUCCGAUUUCAUCAUUUCAAAGAUGGGAAGUGUUCUUGUGGAGAUUACUGGUAACUGAUUUGAAAGGUUGGUUUAGCACCAGUUCCUAACAUUUCAGGUCAUACCACAUUGCCAGAUGCUAGGUGUUGUCUUUUCAUGACUGUCCUUGGGCUGCCCAACAUAGCAGCUUUUGGUCAUCACUAGAUCAGGCUGGUGCGCUCCAGUGCGCCAGAACAGGCGAGCACCAGAACAGGCGAGCACCAGAACAGGCGAAAAGUACUGGAAAGAGCGAUAAACAGCGAUCGUUACAGGGAGGCAGUACUGAACACGGCAGGGUCACGUGUCACUCCGCCUAGGCGUCCUAGCACACGUGAAGUUCUUUGUGUUGUCUACAGCCUAGACAUGCUGGUGUCUCUGUUGGCAGAUGCUUGGAAUUUUGAAGUGUUCGGUUCAUGAGAAGGGGGGCAAACGUACCUUCCGUUGGAAAUCUCAUUCUUGGGCAAGAACCCGAAGAACGGACCCUGGUCGGCCUCCUCCAGCUUCUUCUUCUUGAAGUACUCCUGCAGGUCCUUGGCCACCUUCCUCUGGUACUCCAGCGUCAUGGCCCCAGCCACCGGCUUCCGCAUCUGGGCUGUGGCGUCAACUGGCUUGGGCUCAGGAGAAGGUGGCAUCGGCUGCGACGACGUGGGUGGAGCAGCGGGCUUCACGGGCGUCGGAGGCUGCGACAGGGUGGGAGGAGUGGACAGAGCCGGCGUCUUGGGUGGCAUCGGCGGCGGUGGCGACAGCGGAGGCGCCGCAGGUCUCCGGAUGGGGCCCUCUGCCUUGGAGCUCCUGAUCACCGCGAAGGAUCGGCAUGCGCGGUGUGGAGGAGCGACCGAGACGGCCCCCACCUUCACCUUGAUGGAAGGGAUGGACGGGGCCAGAGACAUUGCUGCGGCGCUUGAGCUUCGCAAGCGCUGUUUGGCUCUUGUUUCUUGGGAGGCUAUGAACAGAGAGGAGAUGGAGGGAAGGAAGGAACGCGUGGAGAAUGUUGGGACACACACCCACGCUCUCGUUGUGGAUAAGAGUGUGUGGUGCCAAGUUUCCGUCCGCGAACACAGGGCCCAGGAACGUGUUGUCUCCUAACGGUCAGGUCAGUUCGUGAGGUUUUCAGGAACUCAGCAUGGGCGCAGCACAUUCAGAUAUUCUGGUGCUGACCUGCUGCGAUUGUCCCUGUCACUUGGGCAGCUUGUUGUAGCGCUCUUGCUUUACAAUUACUAUCACACAUCAAAGCAACCGAUUGCUUGACAAAUUGAACUGGUAUUGGUACGACAAUAUAUAACAACCCUAUAACCUAUGUAGCCCACCGGAUCAUUUAUAUUUGUAUAAAUCCUCAUCCAUGAGUUGCAUAGUU